CAGCAGUACCAACUGGUGCUCGUUGUACAUUUGAGGAUGAAAAUGAGGAGAAAACAGGUUGUAUUGGGUGGCGUUUGGAGACAUAUUAUGUUCAUAACAGUCGAAGAGCACAUGAAAAUAAGCAUCUUUUCAUUCGAGCUAAUUCAAGCGAUGCAGCAAAACAAUCAUCACUGAAGCAUAUCCCAUCGAGAGAUCACACUUUUCAGCACAGUCAUUUUUUAUAUUUUACAUCGGAAGAUGGUCAAGAACGAAAUAGUUUUACGGAUACAAAAUCAACAUAUUUAAUAUCACCGUAUUUUCCACCAACCGUUAAUGUACUUCUCAAUUCUCUUUCACUUCCAUCAAAUUCAUGCAGGAUACGAUUUUACUAUUGUUCAUAUGGAAGUGCCAUUUCGACGUUACAAUUGACAGUGCAUCCGAUAAAUGGUAAACCACCUAAAAUCAUUUGGACACCACCAUCACUCUCCUUCACUGAUCACAGUUACUACUGCGAGUGGAUAAAAGUAUCCAUUGAUUUACCGGAACAGAAAAGUGAAUACUAUUUAAAAAUGGGUGUGAGCAGAAUAUUUGACUCAUCAAUAAGUUUUGCCAUUGAUGAUUUCUCGAUGACGCCAGAUUGUUUCAUAAAUGAAGAAGCGUGGCGUACGCAGUACAUUCCUUACGUAUACAAUAUAACAAGCUGUGGACAGCAGGGAUCUCAUCAACCAACAUAUGAAAAUUGCGAAAAUUUCUACAAUCAAAGUGCAACAAUGGCGUUAUUGCGAAAUAAUACUUCCAAUGGAUUCCAAAAAUGGAUUGUACCAAAAACUGGAGAGUACAGGAUUGAGGCAUAUGGUGCAUCCGGAGGACAUCUUGCACAACAGACAAUCAAUAAUUAUGGUGGUCAAGUAAUUACUGUGCUUAAUUUAACAGCGGGUACGGAAUUAAACGUUUUGGUAGGACAAAUGGGUGAAAGUCCGUGUGACAAUUUUAAAACUUCCGUUGAUGGCAUAAAGAGUCAUCAGUACGAAGUGCUGAAAUACUUAUGUAAGAGAGGCGAUAGCAUAUGGAAUGAUGACACAGCGGUUGCUAAUGCUAUAAUGUUCCCGGGUACUGGUGGUGGCGGUGCAACAAUUGUUAAGUAUCAGAAUGUGAUCACUUUAGUUGCCGGAGGUGGUGGUGGAAUGUUUCCGGAACAAAUUAUUCAGUUGGAAAAACCAGGAGUUAACCCGAAAGGUGGUUACUUUUUCGAGAUUGAUAAAAAUUUACGAUCAAUUGAUUUGCAUAGCCCAAAGCGGGGAAUCCUUUGGAUGUCUGGAGAUGGCGCACAUCUCCUGCGUGAUAGUAAAAACGAAAAGUGUGAGCAAUGUGUUAUGAUGUCCGGACAGCUGAAUAAUGCAUCCUCUUCCGGAGGUGUAUGCCCGUUGGUAUCGGUGUGGAAAAUUUCGGGAGGAUAUGGUGGUGGCGGUGCAUCUUGCGGACCAGGUGGUGGUGGUGGAGCUGGUUAUUAUGGUGGAGAGGGUGGACAAAAAUACCAUGGCACAGGCGGAAAAAGUUUUGUGCAAUACAAAAACGCUAUCAUUAGACCUGGUCUGCUUUUGCUUCUUAUUGUAGAACAAAAAUAUAUCUUAAAAUUCACAUUCAUAUAUUUUACUGUAAAGGGAUUAAGUAUGAAUAGCGGUAACGGUUAUGUAUUAAUUCAUCCGUGUCGUUUACAUUGUUCAUCAAAUGCAACCUGUCGUUUUCGCUUGAAUGAUGCCGAUGAAAUUGUUUCGUAUUGUGUCUGUCCAAAUAGUCAAAUAGUCGGCGAGUUGCAAGACUGUAUUUUUGGUGUUUAUUUUCGGAGACGGUUAAAAAAGGCAAAAAUGGAGAAAACGGAACUCAAUCAUAAAAUAGGAAUGUGUACUUUAACACCGAGUACACCAAUGAGUAUCUCCGGAAAUCCAAUUUAUGAACCAUUUGGUCCGUGCGCUGAACUUCAACCUAUACCACGUUCUAAUGUUACUCUGAUAAGGCCACUUGGACAAGGAGCUUUUGGUGAGGUAUACGAGGGCACAUUGAAUUGUGGUGGUCAAUUGAUUCAGGUUGCUAUAAAAACAUUACCGAAAUCAGCAUCCAAGCAGGCGGUAAAUGAUUUCGAAAUGGAAGCUCUUAUUAUGAGCAAAUUUCGACAUGAAAACAUUUGCGAAUUUAUGGGAGUGUGUUUUGAUGUGACACCGAGACUUAUCGUUCUUGAAUUGCUAGCUGGUGGUGACCUGAAGUCUUUCCUUCGUGAAUGUAGACCUAAAAAUACAAGCGAUCAGCGAAUUAGAAUGAUUGAUUUGUUGGAUAUAGCACACGAUGUUGCCAAAGGAUGUAAAUUUCUUGCUGAUAAUCGUUUUAUUCAUCGCGAUAUUGCUGCAAGAAAUUGUUUACUAACAAAAAAAGAUGUUGGACGUGUUGUUAAAAUUGCUGAUUUUGGCAUGGCAAGAGAUAUUUAUAGGCAAGAUUAUUAUCGUAAAGGCGGUAAAGCAAUGUUACCAGUGAAAUGGAUGCCACCUGAAGCUUUUCUUGAUGGUGUUUUUACAGUAAAAACUGAUGUCUGGUCAUUUGGUGUACUGCUGUGGGAAAUUUUUUCCCUCGGAUAUAUGCCGUAUCCGGGAAAAAGCAAUCAAGAAGUUAUGUCUCUAAUUGUGAAUGGAGGACGGCUGGAACCACCGAACGGUAUACCUGAUCAAAUUUACACUUUAAUGUUAGCUUGUUGGAGUACCGUUGAUACUGAUCGACCACACUUCGAUGAUGUCAUUGAAAAUUUGAAUUCCAUGAUUCAAGAUCCACUAAUGCAAAAUAUGCCUUUACCCAUAAUUAUUCAUCGGCUAUCACAACCACAAUCUACUCCCAGUAAUUCAUCUUUACCGGACAGUCCUUCAUCUGUUACCGAAACAAUAUUACAAAAUACCUAUUCUCAGAGUACCAUCAACACAAUAUUGAAUUCAUACACUGAAACAGUUCCAUCCAAUGAUUGUGAUCCAUUACCCACGAAAGGUGAUGGAAUUAAUUUUAAUGUAUGUACUCCUUAUCAACCACAAUCAUCCGAGCCAUUUUGUGUACUCGACGAAAUUCAAUCUACACCGCUGUCCUUGUGGGCUAACAAUGGUCAGUUAGCAAGUGGAAGCACAGAAACGUGUACUGGCGGUAGUGGUGAACCAGCGAGUAACUGCAAUGGUCAUGUUUUGUCCACCAUAGGAUUACACGAUGCUGUAGCCGGAUCUCGUAGACCUGUAGUUGACACGGAUACCUGUAGUAAUCGAUUGAUUGGUAGCGAUUAUGCUAAUGCAAUACGCACCGAAGCAGUAUCAUUACUAGAAAGACGAUAUCCACCACCAAUAAAGUUACGAGUACCUGACGAUUUCUCAUCACCCACGAUGAUAAGCUCUUUGAGGUCAUCAAAUGAUCAAUCAUUACAUCAGAAUUACAUGAAUCAAAGUCAAAUUUUAUAA